CCAGAGACAGAGGAAUCUACUCGCACCAGGUAAAGCUUGAAACUUUCACAUCUGGAGUUCACACACAAACCGGACACUCUCUUUGUACACCCUAACAGCACACACUCUCCCCCUCUCUUUCUGUGGAAAUAAUAAAUAACUACGAACCUACCGAAGAACCAAACAAGAAUUACCAACGACAGCGAGAAGAGGGUUGAUUUUCCUCCCUUUCUCGCCACCUGCCUUUCGACAUUUCCAAAGCUUUUUUCUUGUUACAGUCUUUUUUAGCUGCUUAAACUUCUCGCCAGUGACGCAAGGAGACAACCUCGAUCCUAUCGAACCCAUUUUACCUAAACCCCAUAUCCCCAUUCUUAGCUCUCUUCCCCUCCAUCUCUCACGUUGGCUCUCUCCAUCUCUCCAAGAUAUUUAAUUUCCUCUUGGAAAUUUAGUUUAUUGAGAAUGGCAGUAGCAGCAGCUUCAAGCUUACAUAUAGCAACAGGAAGAUCUUCCAUUAACUCUUCUCGGAAGGUUACCAAGGCAGGUAUUGCCAGUCUCAGUGCUAAUCCUAAAGGCACGUCAUGGGAUAAGCUUACCAGUGGUCGUCAUAUAUCAUCUCCACAACUUUUUCAAUGCAGUUUUCCAUCAUCUUCGAUAAAAUUCAAUAAGUUCGUUACAAAGGCAAUGUCUGAGUCCAACGAAAAUAAGCCCUCAUCUGGGUUGCCAAUUGAUUUGAAAGGAAAAAGGGCAUUCAUUGCUGGCAUAGCUGAUGACAAUGGAUAUGGUUGGGCAAUAGCAAAAUCUCUUGCAGCUGCAGGUGCUGAAAUUUUGGUCGGAACAUGGGUGCCUGCUCUGAAUAUUUUUGAGACCAGCUUGCGACGUGGGAAAUUUGAUGAAUCACGCGUAUUGCCAGAUGGCUCUUUGAUGGAGAUUACUAAAGUAUAUCCUUUAGAUGCAGUUUUUGACAACCCUGAGGAUGUUCCUGAAGAUAUAAAAACAAAUAAGCGUUAUGCAGGAUCCUCUAACUGGACUGUUCAGGAAGUUGCUGAAUCUGUGAAGCAAGAUUUCGGCAGCAUCGACAUCCUUGUCCACUCCCUUGCCAAUGGUCCGGAGGUGAGUAAACCUCUGUUAGAGACAUCCAGAAAAGGGUAUCUUGCAGCUUUAUCCGCCUCGAGUUACUCCUAUGUUUCUCUACUUAAGCAUUUUAUUCCAAUAAUGAAUCCAGGUGGUGCCUCGAUAUCUCUUACAUACAUAGCUUCAGAGAGAAUCAUUCCUGGAUAUGGUGGUGGUAUGAGUUCUGCUAAAGCUGCACUUGAAAGUGAUACCCGGGUGCUCGCCUUUGAAGCAGGAAGAAAACACAGAGUCAGGGUCAACACAAUUUCAGCUGGUACCUUUUUGCCCCAGUUCUUUCUUGAUUAUUUUUAAGUAAAUAUUGCUUUGAAGUUCCUUUCAAGAACAUGUAGAUAUAUCCAUCCUUGAAUCGUAAGAU